GGGGCCGGCGCUGGGAGCGUGCUUCAUUCUGAUUCUUCACGGCUCUCGCGGUCUUCCUCUGUCAGGCAGCCGGUCGGAGUGGGCGCGCGCCAUGGCCAGCUACAGCGUGGAGGAGCGCGGCUGCCCCAACAGCCUCGACUACAGAAUUUUCUUCAAAAAUGAAGAAGGAGCAUACAUUUCUCCAUUCCAUGACAUUCCCAUAUAUGCAGAUGCUAGCAAGGAGGUGUUCAACAUGGUUGUAGAAAUACCUCGAUGGACCAAUGCAAAGAUGGAGAUUGCAACCAAAGAUCCUCUAAAUCCAAUAAAACAAGAUGUGAAGAAAGGAAAACUGCGUUAUGUUGCUAAUGUAUUUCCCCACAAGGGAUAUAUCUGGAAUUACGGUGCUAUUCCACAGACAUGGGAAGAUCCAGCACAUAAAGAUAACGAUACUGGUUGUUGUGGAGAUAAUGAUCCCAUUGAUGUCUGUGAAAUUGGAAGCAAGGUGUGUAGCAGAGGAGAAAUAAUCCAGGUGAAAGUCUUAGGUACGCUGGCGUUGAUUGAUGAAGGUGAAACAGACUGGAAGAUCAUUGCAAUCAAUAUUGAAGACCCUGAAGCGGAUAACUUUCAUAAUAUUGAUGAUGUCAGGAGGCUUAAGCCUGGAUACCUGGAAGCCACAGUAGACUGGUUUAGAAGAUAUAAAGUACCUGAUGGGAAGCCCGAAAACCAGUUUGCGUUCAAUGGAGAAUUUAAAGACAGGGACUUUGCAGUUGAUGUUAUCAAAAGCACACAUGAUUUCUGGAAGGCUCUAGUAACUAAACAAGCAGAUGGAGGAGAAAUUUGUUGCACAAAUACAAGUUUGGCAGACAGCUGUUUCUGUUGCAGUCAAACAUCAGCUGUAUCUACUGUGACAGGGACACCUGCCUCUGGACCUGCCAACCCAAUACCAGGUGAAGCGGAUAAAUGGUUCUACUGUCAGAAAUAGUAAACUGGAAAACAGAUGUUGUGGUAGCUGCUGUCUUAUCUCCAGGAAACAUUUAUGCAGAAUUAGAGGAGAACUUCAAUUUCAAGAAAUAUUCUGUGUUUAAACAAAUGGCCUAAGAGAUUUUAUAAAUCUGUCAAUAACAUAUGCUCAAAAUAUAUCAAGAUUAUACAGAAUCUAAGCAGUUGGUAUGUAAAAUACAAUUUUGAAUAGUCUACAAAUAUACAUCAUGGCAUUCACUGUUAUUUAAAAAAUUAUGUAUAGAUGCUCAUAUUUUGUGACUUCCUGGAUUAAAAAACUUUUUUUUUUGCUGAAUUUCA